AUGUAUAUCGCUAAAAAGGGAAGAGACGGUCCACAAGGUUACAAUGGUGUAAGGACCAAAAACUAUGGAGCCCGCAAUGCUUUGUACCGAAGCGAAAAACCCGAGAAACAAGAAACAACACCACCAGACAGCAUUCUCGAGGACGACAUGCUGGAGCUUUUACUAAAACAAUUCUUAGGACUAUCAGAAACGACGACGACGGUCACACCACUGGUGAAUGCCGAUGGGUCGGAAGUGGGCCAGAAGGACCCCAUUGGUUCUGAAUUUGUUAAUGUAGCUACUGAUAGUUACACUUGGAGAAAAUAUGGUAUGAAGCAAGUGAAGAAUCCUGAAGGUGGCUCUAGAAGCUAUUAUAUGUGUGCUUAUAGUGCAUGUGAUGCUAAAAAGAUUGAGUCUUGUGAGAGAUAUAAUUUUACUAUAAAGAUAGUUUAUAAAGGCCAGCACAAACAUGAUCCACCUAAGAGAGUGGCUUCAAAGGGAGGUGAGCUUUUGAAAAGAAAAUUAGUAUCAACGCUUCCGAUUCAAGUUGAGCAGAUUGAUCACUUGGAAAUAAAGCAGAGGUUAGAGAAGAACAGCUCAAGCUACGGAAAUCCUGGUUCCAGAAAUUGCCUCAUUUCGAAGACAGUAAUUCGUAGACAGUUUUUGAUUUGCUACUCUCUGGUUCAGACAAAUUCACAGACAGGUCAGUUUGUGUCCAUUGCGUUUUAG